UUUUCUGAAUUGGGUAUUUUUUCUUUUUUCGAAUUUGGAAGUGUAUCCAAGGGUGAAUGUGAGGCAACAAGAGGACCAAGAGGAUCAAUAUGGAGUAUAUGAUGUUCAGACAUCAGUUGAGGAGCAGAACGAAGAUGUUUCUCCACCAUCCAUUGCAAAAAUUCCAAAAUCUUACAUGCCGAGUGUAGCUAUACCAACAAUUUCUGUACCUGAAGAAGCAGAGAAGAAAAACGAGAAAUUUGAAGAGGAUAAUCAACAAAAUAUUGGAGCGAGUUCGAUACCUCGGCCACGUGCUGUAUUAUCAAGUCCAAAUAAUGAUGUUAUUAUUGGGAAUAAAAACAGAGUCAAAAUAGAAAGGCCAUCGGUUUUGAAUAAUCGUAACACGGUUCAAAAUAUACAUGCACCAUCUAAGGUUAUGCCAAGCCGCACAACUGAAAAUUCUAUGAACAUGAAAAAGUCCAAGGAGGUGCCGGUUGAGAGCAAUCUUAAAGGCAAGAAAGCAUCAGCAGUAACAGUUCCGAGUCAGAGAUGA